GAGCCGGCGGCCGAGAGCCCGGCCCGGCCCCGCGGCGGGGCGGGAGCCGUCCCUGCCCGGCGGCCGGUGACAGGUGCGCGCUCCUCGGCGGCGGCAGCGGCCCCGCCGCUCGUCCCGGCUCCUCCGGCCCCGAGUUGUUUAGUCCUCGGGAAGCUUGGGUUGGGUCCAGGUUUUGCUUUGAUCCUUUUUUUUUUUUUUUUUUUUUUUGAAAAAAAAAAAAAGCCCAAGAAAAACAAAACCUGGAGACGCAGAGAAGGGCUCUAGGAAAAAGUUUUGGAUGGGAUUAUGUGGAGACUACCCUGCAGCUCUCUGCCGCCGGAGCAGGCUCGGUGCCGCCUUCUCCCCCGCGCCCGGCGCUGCUGAGAGACGCCCGGCCCCCGGUGCCGCUCCGCCAGCGCCCGCUGCGCGCAGCCCCGCGCCCCGCCGGCCCAAUGCUCCUCCUCGGGCUGCUCCUGCUCACGUCUGCCCUGGCCGGUCGGAGGCAGGGGGCCGCCGCGGAGUCCGACCUCAGCAGCAAGUUCGCCUUGUCCGGCGCCAAGGAGCAGAACGGAGUGCAGGAUCCUCAGCAUGAGAAGAUAAUUACUGUGACUACUAAUGGAAGUAUUCACAGCCCCAAGUUUCCACAUACAUACCCGCGCAACACUGUACUAGUGUGGAGAUUAGUAGCAGUAGAUGAAAACGUAUGGAUACAGCUUACUUUUGAUGAAAGAUUUGGGCUUGAGGACCCAGAAGAUGACAUUUGCAAGUAUGACUUUGUAGAAGUUGAAGAGCCUAGUGAUGGCACUGUUUUAGGGCGCUGGUGUGGUUCCAGUAGUGUGCCAAGCAGACAAAUCUCCAAAGGAAACCAGAUCAGAAUAAGAUUUGUGUCUGAUGAAUAUUUUCCUUCUCAACCUGGAUUCUGCAUCCAUUAUACACUUCUUGUGCCACACCACACAGAAGCACCUAGCCCAUCAUUGCUACCCCCGUCAGCUUUACCAUUAGAUGUAUUAAACAAUGCUGUUGCUGGAUUUAGUACUGUGGAAGAACUUAUCCGGUACCUUGAGCCAGAUCGGUGGCAGCUGGAUUUGGAAGACUUGUACAGGCCAACGUGGCAACUUCUUGGAAAGGCAUAUAUUCAUGGAAGAAAAUCAAGAGUGGUUGAUCUCAACCUCCUAAAGGAGGAGGUACGACUGUACAGUUGUACCCCUCGCAACUUCUCAGUGUCACUGAGGGAGGAGCUGAAGCGAACUGACACCAUUUUCUGGCCACUGUGUCUUCUGGUUAAACGUUGUGGUGGAAACUGUGCCUGUUGUCAUCAGAGUUGCAAUGAGUGCCAAUGUGUACCAACAAAAGUCACCAAAAAAUAUCAUGAGGUUCUUCAGCUGAAGCCAAGGACUGGUGUUCGGGGAUUGCAUAAAUCAUUGACAGAUGUACCCUUGGAACACCACGAGGAGUGUGACUGUGUGUGCAAAGGGAAUACUGAAGGAUAAACAUGAUUUAAUUGUGCUGUUUUCUUUUGAAGCACAUUCAAUCAAUGGCUGAUUCUAUUAUGGGGCUUGUGCAUUAUCUCCUUCUGUAAUCUCAGUUGUUUGCUUUGGGGAUCUUCCAUCUUCAAGAUUUACAGUGAGCUCUAAAAAGAGGAGAAGCCAAACUGGGAUUAUAUGUUGUGUGACAGCUCUGUUUGGAGGCCCAGUGAAAGGAUGGGAGAAAGGCAUCAAUGAGGGAUUUAAAAUAUAUGUAUUGUUUUUGUCCCCCACAGUUUUUUUGACAAUACAUGGAUUUAUAAUUUAGGAGAAAAAAAUUAAGUUAGAAGGCUCACAUCAUGGAGACUUGAUCCUGCUGGCUGGCUCAUUUCUACAGCUCCAGUACAUCUGGCCUCUGGCUGAAAACAUCUGAAAUCUUUCUUCGUGUUCAACAACUCCUAUGUACUCAAAGCAUUCUCUGUUUUAUAAACUUGGUUUAUAACAGACUGUCUUGUACCGAAUUAAACUUAAUUUGUCUAAUGCUGGUAGGAAAGACUGGAUUUUUCCAUAUGCUCUAGCAAAGCUCCUGCCUUUUAGAAAGAAGACUGGACAAUAACAUGAGCUAAGGAAGCAAACGUUGAAAAGAACAGCGCCUUUAUUCUUACUACUAUGGCCGAUGAUUUCUUGUUUGUUUGUUAUUUUUUAUCGUGUACAUUUUUAUACUCUCCUUUUGACAAUAUAACUAUUUGCUUUUCUAAACUUGUUAAAUAUAUCUAUUUUUACCAAAGGUAUUUAAUAUUCUUUUUUAUUACAACCUAGAUCAACUAUUUUUUAGUUUUGUGAAACUUUAAAGCCAGAUUUGUACAGUUGGAGGAACAGAGAUGUGGUUACAAUGGGAUAGGAGCACUAUAUUUUUACAAUUUGUUGCUACACAGUGAAAAAAUACAUUAUUUUUUUUUUUAACCUGGAAGCACAGUAAUAAUAAACAGAGAUGUGUGGAUGAAGCUCAAAGCUUUGUUAGCUCCAUGAUACUGAAUAUACAAGAGACAGACAUUAUUGUAAGUGGUUUCAGAAGCUGAUGUUAAAAAUUCCCUCUCUCCAUUCUGGCCUUUGUUCCAGUAGAAAAGACAUGAGCAUAGAUAGAUGCAUUCUGGCUUGUUUAACUGUUUAAUUUCUUUUAAGUAGGAUGAUCUACAACAUAAGAAGUUCAGUGACUUACAGCCUUCGUGAUGCAUCAUGGUCAUGGGAAGGCAGCCUUGUUAAUGUUGAAGUGUAUGGUUUUCCAUUGACAUUUAUAGCUGUUUAAAUUCUGUUCACUCACAGGAUCAUAACACUUUGGUACAGUUUGACGAAAUAUGGUUUUAUUUCUUCUGUACUUUGUAUCCUUUAACCAAUACACUUAUCCCACCCUAUGCAAAUUGAAAAGAAAACAGUAAAGUAUUUUGCUUGUAAAAUGCUUUAACAUUAUGCCUAGUUUAUUUUUUUGACUAUUGGAUUUGCAGAUUGUAAUGAAUCACCAAAUAAAGUAAUAAUGCUAA